UUUUUUCUAUUGGUCAUUUGAAAACUGUGCAAAACUAAUUUAAACUUGAUCAUUCACUUUUCUCUUUUUUUUUUAAAAUAAUAAAAGUUAUAUUACUUAAACAAUGCAAAAGUCUAAAAUUACUAAUCGAUUAUGUAGACUACCUGGUCGUUUAGAUGGGAAAUUAGUUAUUGUAACUGGUGCAAAUAUUGGUUGUGGACUUGAAUUAAGCGGAGAAUUAGCACGUCGUGGAUGUACUGUUAUUAUGGCAUGUCGAGAUUUAGAAAAAGGAUAUUUAGGAAAAGAGGUUCUACUUGAUCGAUUUGGUGAUCGAAGUCAAGAGAAAUGGAGAAAAUCACCAGCUGGUCCUGGAGUUGAACCAUUUCUUGAUGUUAUUAAAACAGCACAGUUAAUUGUUGAACAUUUAGAUUUAGCAUGUUUAGAAUCAAUUCGUCAAUUUGCUAAAACAAUAUUACAACAAUAUAAACGAUUAGAUAUCUUAAUCCAUAAUGCUGGAAUGAUGGCUACUAGUUAUAUGGAAACUCAUGAUGGAUUUGAAUUACAAAUGGGUGUGAAUCAUUUAGGUCCUGUAUUAUUAACUGAAUUAUUAUUACCAUUAUUAUAUCAUGGUACACCAUCACGUAUUAUUAUUAUUGCAUCAAAUUUAUAUCAACAAGGUGAUAUUGAUGUGAAUAAUUUAAAUUUACGCGGUGAACAAUAUGGACCAUUUAAAGCAUAUAAUCAAUCAAAAUUAGCGAAUAUAUUAUAUAUACGUGAAUUAGCUAAACAUUUAGAUGGUUUAAAAGUAAUACCAAUGGCUGUACAUCCUGGUGCUGUAAGAACAGAAAUAUCAAAUACAGGAGAUCAUAGAUAUCAGUUAUUUCUACGUGCUGUUGGUAUAAGUCCAUGGGAAGGUGCACAAACUGCAUUAUAUUGUACAUUAAUUAAUGAUCCAGUACCUGGUGGUUAUUAUUCUAAUUGUGAAAGAGAAGAAUUAACUGAAAAAGCAUUAAAUGAAUCAUUAAGUAAAAAAUUAUGGAAUGCAUCACGUGAAAUGGUUGGUUUACCACCAAAUUUAUUAAAUUUACCAUAACAGAAAAAAGAAAGAAAAAAAGAAAGAAACGAGAAAAAAAGAAAAAUAAUUCUCAUAAUUUUUUUCUUUUUUGUUCUUUUUCUUCUUCUUCUUUAUAUUUUGUUAACAGUUUUAUGUUGGUUAUUAUUCAUGAGAAGAAUUUUUUUCUUUUUUUUUUUCUCUCGUUUUACUCAAUAUGUACUCUUCAGUUUAUAAUAAUAAUCAUAAUAAUAUGAUAUAAGAAUUAUUGAAUUUUGUUUUUGGUUAUCUUAUCAAAAAAUAAUGUAUAAAUCAUCAUUGUUACCUUUAUGAAUAUUGAUCAUUGAUAUAUAAUAAUAACAAUAAUAAUAAUAAUAAUUGACAAGAAUCAAUGACGGUUUCGGAUUAUUAUAUUCAAUGUGUCAAUUGGCAUUCAUGAGUUACCAUGGUAACUACAAUAAUUGAUAUGAGAUACAAUAAAAGAAUUCUGUUUUAUUAUUAUUAUUGUCAUUAUUAUUAUUGUUAACUCUACUCUUUAUAUUAAUAUUUUUCUUUCUUUAUUUAAGGUUGAUAAGGAAUGAGUGAAAGAGAAUGUUGGUUUGGAUACACGAAACAAGAAUGAAAAGUAGUAAAAAAUGAAAACCAAAUAAUCAAUAUCAUGAAUUUCAAAUAAUCAACAUUAGAAUAAAGAAAUUAGAAGAUGAUUGAAUAUUAUUAGAAUAUAUAAUUAAUUGCUCUGGUAUGGAUGAAUGUGAGGAGAGUUCGUUCUUUCUCUCUCGAAAUACUGUUAUAUGGUCAUCGGGUACAGUCAUUGUCAAGGAAGUUCUACUCACUAACUUUUCGUGGCAU